AGUCAAGCAACAACUUACCCAGCGCACACGCUUCACAUCACCAGCCCACGAGUGCACACCCACGUUCUGACACUACGAGGAAGAACUCCCAAUCAUUUUACCGGACAUAAGUUUUUGUCCAAUAGCAACGCGAGAAAUCCUGGCAGUUAUUCCAAAUCCAUGUCCAUCCAUACUCCAAGAAAGAAGGCCAGAAUCCGUCUAGAGGACGACGUAUCCACCGCGAAAACGCGCACAGUGAACCCCUUACAAAAACAGCGCGAACAACUUCCAAUAGCUCGAGGGCGGGAGGCUCUCAUCCGCGAAAUACAGCAAAAUGAUACAACAAUUUUACUGGGAGAGACAGGGUCAGGAAAAACCACUCAAGUCCCUCAAUACAUCCUCGAAUCGGGCACUGCAGGAAAGGGCAUGAUUGCUGUCACCCAACCGCGUCGAGUAGCAGCAACGUCCCUCGCUGCUCGCGUAGCCGCAGAGAAAAAUGUCACUGUCGGUGGACUUGUUGGAUAUUCCGUGAGAUUCGACGAGGCCUCUAGCUCCGACACCCGGAUAAAAUAUGUCAGUGACGGUAUGCUCGUGCGGGAGCUGCUGUCAGAUCGGUUGCUGUCGAGAUACAGUGUCAUAGUCGUAGACGAGGCGCACGAACGAACCCUUCGGACGGAUUUCCUAAUAGCAAACCUGAAAACGAUACAGACCGCUAGAAAUAGCGGUGGUGAUGUCAUUGGGAAGGGAAAGGGUCCUGCGUCAGCCCUCAACCCGUUAAAGCUCAUUAUCAUGAGUGCGACACUCGAUGCCGAGAAGUUCAGCAAGUUCUAUAACAAUGCUCGAAUACUAUAUGUCAAGGGUCGACAACACCCUGUUCAGAUAUUCCACACAUCUGUCAGCCAGACGGACUAUGUUGAUGCUGCUCUACGGACGUUCUUUCAGAUCCAUACUGAUAGACCUCCAGGAGAUGUCCUUAUAUUUCUUCCAGGCCAAGAGGAUAUCGAAAGUCUAGACAAAUCAAUAAAAAUGUAUGCCCGCAGACUCCCUGAGGAGCGUAUGACUGUCCUAACAUGCCCGAUGUAUGCUGCCUUGCCGCCUGCGCAGCAGGCUAGAAUAUUUUCGUCUGCCCCUACAAAUACCCGCAAAUGUAUCCUUGCUACUAACAUCGCCGAGACGUCCAUCACGAUACCUGGAAUAAAAUACGUAAUCGAUACCGGCAAGUGUAAAGAAAAAAGAUAUCUGUCGAAGGACACAGGUGGAGGGUUUGAUACCCUGUUAACUCGAGAUAUCACAAAGUCAUCUGCUAUGCAGCGGGCUGGUCGCGCCGGUCGCGAAGGUCCAGGUUUUUGUUUUCGGCUGUACACGGAAGACGCAUUCAAUGGAAUGGCACUUUCCGCAGAGCCGGAAAUUCGCCGAUGCAGCUUAACUCAGAGUGUCUUGCAGUUGAAAUGCCUCGGUCAAGACUUUGAAGCAGUUGAUUUCAUGGAUCCUCCCGAGAUUGGGUCAGUCAUUUCCGCACUCAAGACUCUCUGGCUUCUUGGUGCGCUUGACAACUCCAAGACUCUAACCACAUUAGGACGUCAAAUGGCAUCCUUCCCUGUGGAGCCAUACUUCGCGCGUAUCAUUCUCGCAUCCAAAACCCACGGCUGCACCUCCGAGGUAAUAGAUAUUGUGUCCCUUCUCUCAUCCUCUUCCGCGCUCUUCCUUGAUAUCUCCGACCAGCGUGGUGUCAUUGCAGAAGUCCGGGGCAAGUUUCGUCAUGCGAGCGGGGACCAUAUGACUAUGCUCAACGCCCUCCGAUCAUACCAAGAAGUUGCCGCAUCCGAUAGCAAGAGUGCGAGAAAAGAAUGGUGUCGUCAGCACUUUGUGAACGAAAGAACGUUCGUGGAGGCGACGAAGAUUAGAGAUCAGCUGAGGCAGACGUGCCAACGAGUUGGCAUUGACUGGCAUACUUCUACGGCAGAUAGCGAGGAACCGGUGCUGCGAUGCUUUGUCACUGGCCUCGUUCAACAGUCAGCGUUUUUACAGCCGGAUGGAACGUACAAGCAAACGAUGGGUCAUUCUGUCAUUAAAAUUCAUCCGGGUUCCACGCUCUGCGACAAAAAAGUACCCGCUAUCAUCUACGAUGAGCUUGUCUACACAAGCCAGAUUUAUGCGAGGGGUGUAUCCUCUGUCCCAAAGAGCUUCUUCAGUAACGUCACACCAGUAGUGAGGGAAGCAUAGUGGCACGUGUUUUCUCGUACACUCAUGAUCUAGCAGCAUACCGUACGCUUGGAUUAGCCAUUUUUGUACGUUUCAGAGAAGCACACGCGUUUCCCAUCCCAAAUUCGUCCCAGACUCACGCAUGUGUUUACUAACGAGACUCCGAGGGAUGCAACCUUUCCAAGCCUUAUUUCCAAUAGACUUCAUCAACUGGUUCCGGUGGGCUAGCGAGCCGCGUUGUGGGUAUACCAGUCAUAAGUUAAAGCUACUUUCAUAUCGAUAUGUCAUUUUUUUUUUUUGACUCACCACUUCUAUCUACUUAUGGAGCUGGACAAACAACAGGGUCCCACCUUGCACGAUACUAUUCGGGUGGAUUGAGGGCAGAAUACGCUCCCUCAGCUUGCGAUCAUCGCAUAUCAAGCAUACGAUUUUGUAUUAGUAGUCACGACAACUAUCCACUUGUGCACAAGCCAAGUACUACG